ACUAAGGGAGCACGCCGCGGUCAACCAGAAAGGAAUUUAUGAUGAGGCAAUAAGCAGCUUCUUUAGAAAUGUGGACACCAGGCGCUUCUCUUGCUAAGUUCCUACACCCACCUCUUUACUUCUUGUUACCCAACGCUUAACAUUGAGUAUUACAUAGUUGAGACUCAGCCUGGGAGCUUUUCUUUCUUCAUAAGGUGACUCUUCACAACUACACUCUCAUCUACUCUGUGUGUUUUAUGCUUUAACCUGAGAGCACUAUUAUUUUCCCGGUAAGUUUGGCAAGCAGGGUUGUGGCAUCUUGCACUUCUUUCUGUGUACUAUCAACAUAUGCAGCAUCUGUUCCACAGCUUAGUACAAAAAAUAUUUUUCAAAGUAAAACCAUAUCUUUGUGUACUAUUCUUACCAAAUUUUUAUACCUUUUGAGUAGCAUGAUAGGAAUUUACCUACAGCAUGGGUUGGCAUGCAUAUACUUUCUGUAAAGGACCAGGCAGUAAAUAUUUUGGGUUUUGUGAACCAUAAAGUCUUUUGCACCACUACUUCAUCUGUAGCAUGAUUGUGGGCAUAGGUAAUACAUAAAGGAAUGGGUGUGUCCCUAUUUGAAUAAAACUUUAUUUAGGAAGACAGGCAGCUAGUUGAAUUUGGCCUGACGAUUGGCUACCCUUCAUAUAUUCUGUCUUGUGAACUGUCUUUAUUGACCCAUAUACUGCGUUAGAUUUCGGUACUUUGGCAACUUACUUCCAACGUGAAAUUCUGAGAACAACCUUAGAUACUCAAUGGUAAAUACCAGUUAUAUCAGUUGAUGGGUGUUUAGCUGCAAUAGGAAACUACAUUAAUGGUGGCUGAAGCAGUAAAGGUAUCCAUUUAUCUCACAAAUCUGGAAAUCAGAUAUUCUAGGUUUAAAGGAAUGCCUCAAAGAUCUAAUACUAUACAUGUUCCAUUGUCCAUAAGUGUGUUGGCUUUUUGUACUUGUAUUAUUACUUCAUGACUAUAAAAUGGCAGUCUGCUCCAGGAAUCACAUCCAUAUUCAUGUUUGAGGCAGGAAAAAGGAAGAAGAUAAGCACCAACUGCCUCUGGUCCUUCUUUAAAAGCUUCCCAGAAUACUUCCCCUUUAUCUCAUUGGCUAGAACUGGAUUACAUGGCCAGCCCUAACUACAAAGAUAGCCAGGAAACUAAGUACCUCACUUUUUCAGCCUAAUGGGAGGUAAGGAAGGAAGAAAGAGAUAAGGAAUAGCUGUUGUGUCUGCCUUACCUGGCCUAUAAGCAGUCUUAUGAUAUAAAUGGAAGUUAACUUUAUUACUUGAUAGUGCUAUUAGCCAUGGAUGAUCUUAUGACCAUUUCUCAUUUUUUUAUCUUUCAGAGUGGUUGGUGAUGGUGGAAGUAUUUCCAAGGGAAAAAUAUGUUCUUUAAAAGCACGAGCUGUCUUGAUUGAUAUGGAAGAAGGGGUAGUGAAUGAAAUUCUACAGGGACCACUGAGAGAUGUAUUUGAUACGAAACAGCUCAUCACUGAUAUUUCUGGCUCAGGAAAUAAUUGGGCUGUGGGUCACAAAGUUUUCGGCAGUCUUUACCAAGACCAGAUUUUAGAGAAACUCAGAAAGUCGGCAGAGCACUGUGAUUGCUUGCAGUGUUUCUUUAUAAUACAUUCCAUGGGAGGAGGAACAGGAUCUGGACUUGGCACAUUUCUUUUAAAGGUGCUUGAAGACGAAUUCCCAGAAGUAUACAGAUUUGUGACUUCCAUUUAUCCUUCUGGUGAGGAUGAUGUCAUAACCUCACCUUAUAAUAGCAUCUUGGCAAUGAAGGAACUUAAUGAGCAUGCAGACUGUGUGUUGCCCAUUGACAAUCAAUCUUUAUUUGACAUCAUUAGCAAAGUCGACCUCAUGGUGAAUUCUGGAAAGUUGGGUACAACUGUGAAGCCAAAGAGUCUGGUUACUUCAAGUUCUGGGGCUUUAAAAAAGCAGCAUAAGAAGCCAUUUGAUGCAAUGAAUAACAUUGUGGCAAAUUUGCUGCUCAACCUAACGAGCUCUGCGAGAUUUGAAGGGUCCCUUAAUAUGGACCUUAAUGAAAUCAGCAUGAAUUUAGUUCCUUUUCCUCAACUUCAUUAUCUCAUGUCAAGCCUAACACCUCUGUAUACACUGACAGAUGUUAACAUUCCUCCUAGAAGAUUGGAUCAGAUGUUUUCAGAUGCCUUUAGUAAAGAUCACCAGCUGCUUCGGGCGGACCCCAAACACAGUCUUUACCUCGCCUGUGCGCUCAUGGUUAGAGGAAAUGUACAAAUUUCAGAUCUUCGUAGAAAUAUUGAAAGAUUAAAACCAUCUCUACAAUUUGUCUCCUGGAAUCAAGAAGGCUGGAAGACCAGCCUGUGUUCCAUACCUCCUGUGGGCCAUUCUCAUUCGUUAUUAGCUUUAGCAAAUAACACAUGUGUGAAGCCCACCUUCAUGGAACUGAAAGAGAGAUUCAUGAGGCUCUACAAGAAAAAGGCUCACCUUCAUCACUAUCUGCAAGUUGAAGGGAUGGAAGAAAGCUGUUUCACAGAAGCUGUGUCAUCUUUAUCAGCACUCAUACAGGAAUAUGACCAACUGGAUGCCACAAAAAACAUGCCUGUGCAAGAUUUACCCAGACUAAGCAUAGCUAUGUGAAAAAGAAACCCUCAAAAAGACUUUCUUAAUUUCACAUUGUUUUUUCUGACCUUUCUGUUUCAACAUUUUUGUAAUUUGGAAACUCCAGUUUUUUCAUAUUAUCAGGAAAUAUUUUUGUCUAAAAGAGUGAUUUCUGUUUAAUCACAAUUUGUUGGUAAUACCAAUGUGUGAAACUAGUGAAAUCUUAGUACCUUAACUUCAAACAUUUCUCUUCAGGAAAGUUCCCUUUUCUAAAAUUGAGAGAACAGAGUUCUUGAAUAUUUUGCUGUAUUUAUAGCCUCAUAUUUAGGCAUUUAUGCACUGGUAAGUCUUCAAUAAAAAUCUUGUACAGAUAUAUUUUUAUAAUUAUUUAUAAUUUAUAUUUUGAUAUUCUAUUUAAGUUAUCCUGAUUCUUUAAAAGUAGUUACUGGGAGUAGAAGAACACAAUAUAAAUAUUUCCGUGUAAUAUCCACUAACUUUUCAGGCAUAGAUUUUAUUACAACUGUUAAGGAGGUUUUGCUUCUUCUUUAGAUAACAACUUGUUUGCUCAAAAGAAUCUUAAUUUGUACACUUAACAUGUAUUUGUAUUAAACUUUUUAAAUAAUUGCUUUCUUAUCAAACCAAUUGAUUUUAUAGUAAAUGUCUAUAUUUUUCAACAGUGCUACUUGUUAUUGUUCUGCAUGACAUUUAUACAAAUGAACAGAAUGUUACUAAGCUUGAUAUCUUCCAAACUUUGCAAUAAAUGGCUAUAAUUGUUCCAGUUACUAUAAUCUUCA